CCGCAAGCUAACGAAAGAAGGGACGAAUGUCCGCAGUCUUUAUUUCUGCUGGACUUUUCCCCGGUUGGCAUUUGUCGCUAGAUUUUUGGUGCACGCUUUGAAGGAGCAACUUGCAGCAGAGCUGGAAAGGAAAAGAUGGCGACCGCAGCACUUCGUUUAGGGUUUAGCCGCCCGCGGCCGCCACAACCUUCCAAUCUGUGUUGGUGCGCUCCCCAAACGCCAAAUGGUAGUUGGCACCCUUUCGCGCUCGGUUCGGUGAGAACCGGAUCAUGCGAAUGAAGGAGCGCCGACGCGCCCGCAGGCGGCGCUCCGUCCCCGUCGAGCGGUCAUCCUGUCUGCCGCGGGCGGGGGCGCGCCGUCGCAGGCGGCCCCGCCGACGCCGGGCUGAAGGAGCGCAGGAACGCGUGGACGUCGCCGGGCCGAGGACGCGAAGCAGGCAUGUUACGACCCUUCGUCCUUCUUCUCCUCCUCGUCCCCGCCGCCGCCGCCGCGCUGGACUUUCGUUACCACAGCAACAGGGAGAUGGCGAGUUACCUCCUCCGGAUCAACGCCUCCAACCCGGACAUUGCGCACCUGUACAGCAUCGGACGCUCGGUCGCAGGUCAACAGCUGUGGGUGUUGGCUUUGGGUUUGAGCCCCCGCCAUCACACUCUCGGCAUCCCCGAAUUCAAGUUUUGGGCCGUGAGCUGCUACUCCAGCUCGUGGAUGACCUGGUGCGCAGCUACCGUGCCAACGAGACCUGGUCCAUCCAGAUAUUGAACAGCACGCGCAUCCACUUCCUGCCGACGAUGAACCCGGACGGAUUCGACCAGGCUGACACCAACUGUCACCUCAGCCAGGGAAGGUUCAACCGGAACGGAGUGGACCUGAACAGGAAUUUCCCCGAUGCCUUUUCCGGCCCGCGGGGGAGGCCCGACGCGGACGCCGCCAACAGAGAGGCUGAGGUUCAGGCUGUGAUUGGCUGGUUGAAGACGGAGACGUUCGUCCUCUCGGCCAACCUCCACGGCGGCGCCCUGGUGGCUAGCUACGCUUACGACAACAGUAACGGCGGCGGCGAGCUGGUGGGCCGGGCGAGCCUCACGCCCGACGACGACGUCUUUGUCCACCUGGCCAAGGUGUACUCGCGCAACCACGCUAACAUGCACCAGGGGGGGCGCUGUGGAGACCAGGGACCAUUCAAGGACGGCAUCACCAACGGAUUCCAGUGGUACCCGCUCGCAGGCGGCAUGCAGGACUACAACUACGUGUGGGCGCAGUGCCUGGAGGUGACCUUGGAGGUGUCUUGCUGCAAGUUCCCCCCCGCCCAGCAACUUCCUGUCCUGUGGACGCACAACAGGAAGAGCCUGCUGGCCUUCGUCCGUCAGGUCCACUUGGGGGUCAAAGGCCGCGUGUUGGACGCGUCGGGAGCGGGGGUGCAGAACGCCGCGGUGGAGGUGGCCGGCCGCCGCAACGUGUCCCCGUUCAGGACGGACAAACGCGGAGAAUACUACCGCCUGCUUCUGCCGGGGAAAUACACGUUCACGGUGACGUAUCCCGGUCACGAGGUCCUGACCGAGACUUUUUCCGUCCCGUACGGGCCGGACCAAAACACGGCCCUGACGCACGACUUCCAGUUGCGUCGUGUUACCGCGGCAACGAGCGACCCCGCGCUCUCUUCCGCAUCCUCUUGGUCUUCGGCGCCCGGCGCCUCGUCCGUGUUGGCGGUCGCCUCGCUGUGGAUGACGCUGGCGUUCGAGACCCUGACCGGCGGACGUGCAAGCCUGGCGAACAAGUACUCGUAGCCGUACGCCGCCUUGCAGUUGAGCCAAACCACGUGAAGGGCGCCGCGAGCGAUCCAGUCCCCCACCAGACGCAAGAUGGCGCUCACGCACGCCUCCUGCGGGCACGCCGACGAAAGGAAACGUUUGAGUGAGUUUCCCGAAAGCCCACUAACGAUUCUUUUCACACUCAAUGAAUCAGUUCGUCCCGUGAAGUUGUUUUUAAGUUCCCACCCAUAAAGCACGAGCAAAUUUGACGAGGACGCCACGUUUUAGUCAAAGCAGAUGUUUGAUCGGAAACCGUAAAACACCAGCGAAAUCCCGUCGUUGGAACACGGUCUGGAAAUAAUCAACUGACGACGUAUUUGAUAUUUGAGUUUUCACGUGUGGGGGGAAAAAUUCCAUUUCUGUCAUUUUCACAAUCAAAUAUGGUGCACACGUCUUUGGUUCUACUUUGUAUGAAUCCAAAUAAAGAAGAGAAGAUGCCUUGCGGUGACUUUUUG